AUGUCGCUGCUCUAUGACCACUAUUUAGAGGACAAGCAACCUGGUGGCCCCCCACUCCCGGAAGGUCACCAUAUUGAUGCCGAACUUAGUGCAGACAGCAUAGCACACUACAUUCCAGAACUCCUAGACUCAAGUGAUGUUCCCACCUUAGCCUCCCAUGUAGAUGGCACUGCUAUGUGCCUCAUUACUCAUGGCUUCUUGGGAUUGGUGUCUCUUUAUUCAGAUCCAAAUGGACUAGCAAUCACUUACAUUUACAGGCAAUCAGAUACUCGAGGAAAGAUUGCUACAAAAUCAGAACACUGUCUCUCAAGAACCUCAGUGACCUCUGCCAAAGUAUCUGUGAAUGGUGUUCACCUGCAUUAUCAGCAGACUGGAGAGGGCAAGCAUGCAGUCCUGCUGCUUCCUGGGAUGUUGGGAAGUGGAGAGACUGAUUUUGCACCCCAGCUUAAGAACCUAAGUAAGAAGCUCUUAACUAUGGUGGCCUGGGAUCCUCGAGGAUAUGGACAUUCCAGACCCCCAGGUAGAGACUUCCUAGUGGACUUUUUUGAAAGGGAUGCAAAAGAUGCUGUUGAUUUGAUGAAGAUGCUAAAGUUCAAGAAGUUCUCCCUGCUGGGAUGGAAUGACGGUGGCAUAACUGAACUCUUUGCUGCUGUGAAAUAUCCAUCUUAUAUCAAUAAGAUGGUGAUUUGGGGAGCUAAUGCCUAUGUCACUGAAGAGGAUGAAAGAAUUUAUCAGGGUAUCUGGGAUGUUUCUAAAUGGAGUCAAAAAACAAGGAAGCCUCUAGAAGCCCUGUAUGGAUAUGACUACCUGGACAAAACCUGUGAAAAGUGGGUGGAUGGCAUAGGACAGUUUAAACAUCUACCAAAUGGUAACAUCUGUCGGCACUUGCUACCCCUGGUUCAGUGUCCCACCCUAAUUGUGCAUGGGGAGAAGGAUCUUCUUGUCCCACGUUUUCAUGCUGACUUCAUACAUGAGCAUGUGAAAGGGUCACGGUUACAUCUUAUGCCAGAAGGCAAACACAACCUGCAUUUAUGUUUUGCUAAUGAAUUCAACAAGUUCGCAGAAAACUUCCUGCAAUAA